AUGUCGUCAGUGGUGCCGACACUCGCGUCGUUUCUUAUCGUGGGCGCACUCUGGGGAUGCACGAACCCGUUCAUAAAACGAGGGAGCAAUGACGACGUUAUGAACACUCGGAAAGACAAUAGCAUGAAGGAAUUCGCGAAUCAAGUUCUUGGAGUCGUGAAGAACUGGAAGUUUGUUCUGCCAUUUGCUCUAAAUCAGAGUGGCUCUGUCGUCUACGUUUACCUUCUCGGCUCGGCAGAUAUCUCGCAUGCUGUACCCAUUUGCAACUCGCUGACGUUCGUCUUCACUGCCAUAACGAGUCGUUUGCUUGGGGAGAAACCCCAGCGUCCUAUUUGUACAUACAUGGGCAUGGCGCUCGUUCUCUUGGGUGUGGCCAUUUGCUUCGAUAGCCAAACAGUGUUGCAGCCGUAG